GAAGUAUUAAAACUUUUAUAAAAUAGCCCGGUCCAGAAAUUUGUUCACGGGUGAAAUCGACCGUGUAUCGCGACCACGCUCGGUGGGAUUCAAUCCACGCCGUCGAUCCGCGUUCUUAGGCUCGCCGUCCCUGAAAUCACCGUCGGUCGCACCGCCCCGAUUUGUAUCUUUUAUCGUUGAUUUUGGAUUUUAUUUUUUCUUUUCCUCGGCACCUUCGUCGUCGUCGUCGUCGUUCGUUCGUCUUCCUCUUCUUCUUCUUCGGAUGUGCAGCAGAGCGAGCGUCAUCCUCCCUUCCGCCAUUUGACGCGGCUCUGAAGCCCUCGAAUUCCGCUGGUAUACAACGUUGUCACUCGCGAUUGCCAUUGGAUAAUACGAGGAAUCGCUUCCCCCAUGGCCGCCGACCACCAGGCCGAUGAUUUGGACGAACUCCUCGACAGUGCUUUGGACGAUUUCCAGAGUCUCAACCUUUCUUCUUCCAGAAGUGGAGAUGGUGCUGCGACGAAGCAAGAGGUGGCUCCUUUGCCAUCUGGGGUGCAAGGAUUGGGGAUGGGAUUGCCUGAUUUGAGAAGUAAGAAGCAAAAGGGAAAGCAAAUGGCAUCCAAGGACACGACCCAUGUUGCUGAAGCUCUAGAUAAGCUCAGAGAACAAACCAGGGAAACUGUCAGAGGAUUAGAAUCUGUCCCUGGUGCGGAUGAUUUGGGUGGUAAUGCUAUGUUGGACGAAUGGGUCAAGCAGUUCGAGGAGCUUGCUGGCACUCAGGAUAUGGAAUCUAUGAUGGAAAACAUGAUGCAGCAUCUGCUGUCAAAGGAGAUCCUUCAUGAACCAAUGAAGGAAAUUGGAGAGAAAUAUCCAAAGUGGUUGGAAGACCACAAAGCGACGUUGAGCAAAGAAGACUAUGAUCGCUUUUCCCAUCAAUAUCAACUUAUAAAAGAUCUUAAUGAAGUCUAUGAGAAGGAUCCAAAUAAUAUCACUAAGAUUGUUGAGCUAAUGCAAAAAAUGCAGGAGUGUGGUCAACCACCGAAUGAUAUUGUUCGGGAGCUGGCUCCUGAUUUUGACUUAGCAAGUCUUGGCCAGUUAUCACCUGAGAUGUUGGAGGCUCAGCCAAAUUGUUGCAUAAUGUGAUGUCCCUGUGAUGUUUACUUCGUGGUCCAACGGGUAACAGAGGAGAAGAAAGCUAGCCUGCCAUAUGAUUGGUGUUUUUUCAGUAUUCUGUGUCAAAUGCAAUUCAUCUCUCAUAUCCUAAUCUAAAAAAUUCUGGGAAACAGUGUAAUUUGAGAGUGUCUUUAGUUAGGUCGUUUAGGAUCUGGCUUGUAUUCUUCUUGAUAAAGUUAUUGAAGGAUAUCAUUUGAUUCAAGGGCUGGUUUUGUAAGAUUUCUGGGUGAGCGAUUUGCUCUUUCAGUUGUUAUAUUUACUGUCUCAAAAUGAGAAAAUCAUGAUGCAGAUAAUGCUGGCCUCAGUACUU